AUGGACCAGUUUGGAGCAAUUUCAGGCUCAGAGAGAGCAGUUGAUGUACCAGCACCACUGCUAUCUUUACCGCCACGACCACCUGCUCGAAUACCCAGCAAACCGCAGUCGAGACCACCUCCGCCGCCCUAUAACGUCAAAACGAACAAAUCGUCCGCCCAGACGUCCUCGAAUAAGGCUCCACCACCACCUUAUCCAGGGCGCUCAGCUACUCCGAAUUCGAAUGCUGAUUCCGAUUUCGUGUCACAGACGUCUUCGGUACCAAAAUUUAGUCGAAAGCCGUGCGCCACACCAGCAGUCGUGGUUGGCGAAGGAGAGCGACGUGAGACGAUACGUGAUAAGGAGGAACGUCAAGAGAAAGCUAUGAGUGUCUAUGAGAAUGUUGACUCAAAUGAGCAAUUACCAGUAAAAGGUGUCAAUUUAUGGUACGAAUACGGAUCCUGGGAGUUGACACCAGCACAGGCUUAA